AGGGUUCUGACCUUCUGCUACCUCUCAGCCUUCAAUUGGUGGCUGUUGGUAUGCCCGGCCAUGUUGUCCCACGACUGGCAAAUGGGAUCAAUACCCCUGAUAACCUCGAUAAGUGAUAGUAGGAACUUAGUUACCUGUUUCUUCUUCGGCUUUGCAUUCCUCUUGGCCGCAAGAGCGCUUGCUGACUUUGAGAGCCAGAGGCAGCCGCAGGUUGUGUUAGGACUGUUGUUUCUAGUGAUACCCUUCCUCCCUGCCACAAAUUUGAUGGUGACUGUGGGAUUUGUUGUAGCUGAACGUGUUUUGUAUAUACCUAGGUAA